AUGUCGACCCGCAGCUAUCAAGGGUGUUGGACCUGCAAGCGCCGUCGGCGCCGAUGCGAUAAUGCUCGUCCAACAUGUCGGAACUGUGCCCAGCGUGGAGUAGAUUGUGAGGGCUAUGAGGUACGACUGCGCUGGGGAAGCGGCAUUGCCUCGCGCGGUCGAUUUACCGGUGCUGAUAAGCCAUUGGAAGAGAAUGUACCACCGAGGCCAAAGGGAAGACGGAGGGAUUUGAGUAGAGAGAGGAAGAGGCUCGAGACUCAGGCUCACACCCAGAGGGAUGUUGAAUUCCAUGAAAUGAUCAAUCAUGUGGAAGAGGAUGUUUCCCCCAAGACAGAGCGAUCGGAACAUGAUGAAAUUCUUUUCAAUGAAUUCCUAACAAAUGGAAUCAACAUUCUACAUUCAACCACAGCGCCUAAGAGUAUGCUACAGCCCAGGCUCCCAGAACUGUGUCAAGAAUCCAGCGCCUUGUAUAAUAUCUGUCUUACGUUUCAACUCUCUCUAUCUGCUACUCACACCCCUCAAUUCUUCGAAUACUUGGAUACGUCAUUGCGAGAAUUCCGAUCCGAACUAGCUCGCUCCACGACGCUCGCUGAUGGAACACUGACCGCGGGACUUCUUCUAUGUAGCAUUGGGUUGAUGCACGGACUGCCAUGGACCAUGCAUAUAGAAGGCAUGCAUAACAUCUUGCAAAGCCGGAUUCCCAAAGGCACGCCUAUCACAGCCACACCAACUCCAUUUCGAGCUCAUCUUCUCGAAGUCAUGGGGGUCAUGGACAUCCCUUGUCUCGCUAUAGGGCGCCAGACGCCCUCAAUCGGCAUUUGGCGCCGAUUUUGUCAGCCGACAGGACCGAGGCACGGCAUCGAGCCGGUGACUGGAAUACCGCGCUCUUUGUUGGAUCUACUCGCGGGAAUCGGUCUAGAUACAACUGAGCAAAGUUUCUGGGAUUGGCCUGGAGAAGCUGGGAAUUUCUUGCAAUGCUAUCUAUGGGAGGCAUAUCGGUUAGCGGGGAUCCUGUCUAUCCGUCAGUGGGAGCGCCUCCACAAGCCAUUCUCGGAUAGUCCCCAGAACCUUUCAACCUGGCGGCAACCGAAUUCAUGUCCGGCAGAUUCGAGUACGCUCGUGUCUCGUGUUCUUGCUAGCGUGGAUGCUCUUCGCAUGGGCUGCUUAGAGCGUCCGAACGAGGACCCUUUCAUCAAGAACUCGAUUCUGUUCCCGUUGGUCGUUGCGGGACUGGAAGCUGACAUAAUGUGUAAAAAUCCGCAGUGGCAGCAAACUAUUCGCCGUUCUUCUCUAGGGUCGCGUCAAGAUCAUAUCCUUCUUGGUAUCCUGGAGGAAGUGUGGCACCGGGGCGAUUCUACACUUGAUAUAAAUGCCCUGGCCCGGGGAAAAGAUAUUGAGAUGGGCCUGUUAUGA